AAACAAAAUGUAUAGAUGAUAACCAUUUUCAUCAGACUAUUUGAAGCUUCCAAGAACAAACCAAACCAAACCAAAACAAAACAACUAUACAACAAUUCAACAACAACAACAUUGUUACUACUACUAAUGGAUCCAUGUCCAUUUGUUCGUUUGAUAAUUGAAUCAUUAGCGCUUAAACUACCAUUAACAGCAACUAAAUCAGCUUCUCAUGGAAUUCAUCCUUCAUCAACACCAUGUUAUGCAAAACUUAAACUCAAAAAUUUCCCUUCACAAAUGACAAUACUGCCCCUCUCUCCAACUUCCGGUGACCACCAAUCGCCGCCGGAAUCUGCUGCCGUGGCGGCGGGUUUCCACCUUGACGCCGCCGCACUACGGCGGCUUGCUGGAAAACCGGUUACGUUAACUGUGUCGGUUUUUACUGGACGUAUGGGACGCGCGUGUGGAGUUACUUCAGGGAAAUUGAUGGGUUCUGUUCAGGUGAGUGUUGAUUUCAAUGGGACGCAUUCAAAGGCGCGUGUGUAUCAAAACGGGUGGAUGAAACUGGGGGAUGCAUCGGCAGAGAAACCGGUGGCAAUGUUGCAUAUAGCGGUUCGAGCUGAACCGGACCCGCGGUUUGUUUUUCAGUUUGGUGGUGAACCGGAGUGUAGCCCGGUUGUUUUUCAGAUUCAAGGGAAUAUUAAACAACCGGUUUUUAGUUGCAAGUUUAGUGCUGAUCGGAAUAAUCGUUCACGAUCUCUCCCAUCUGAUUUCAACUUAAACAACAGAGGAUGGAUGAGAACAUUUUCUGGAGAAAGGGACAGACAAGGAAGGGAAAGAAAAGGGUGGAUGAUAAUAAUCUAUGACCUUUCAGGCUCAGCUGUUGCAGCUGCCUCAAUGAUCACUCCAUUUGUACCCUCUCCGGGUUCCGACCGCGUUUCACGAUCAAACGCCGGUGCAUGGCUCAUCCUCCGACCUAAUGGCCCCUCCAUUAGUAGCUGGAAGCCAUGGGGCCGACUCCAGGCAUGGAGAGAAAGGGGCCCGGUUGACGGACUCGGUUACAAGUUUGAGCUUGUUACUGACACCGGCCUUACUAGUACUAUACCGAUAGCCGAAGGCACAAUGAGCAUGAAAAAAGGCGGCAAAUUUUGCAUAGACAAUACAGUGAAAGACUCUGCACUGAGCGCAAAUUCGCCCAUUCGAGGAUUUGUGAUGGUGUCAAAUGUGGAAGGCGAAGGCAAAAUUAGUGCACCGAUGGUUCAAGUGGGGGUGCAACAUGUCACUUGUAUGGCUGAUGCAGCCCUUUUUAUCGCGCUUUCGGCUGCCAUUGAUCUUAGUAUGGAUGCUUGUAGGCUUUUCUCUCAAAAACUCAGGAAGGAACUGUGCCAUGAUGAACAAGAAUUGUAUUUCUAAAUCCCAUGUUGUUCGGACUCUUCAAAAAUGCCGAGGUGUGUGUGUCAGGUCGUCCAAAAAUAGUGUAUUUUUGGAGGAUACAAUAUGAGUGCAACAACAAUUUUGGAGAGCUCGAGCAACAUAGUCUAGCACUUGGUUAACAGAGCGCUAGCCCUUUUAUUUUUCAUUCAUAUGCAGUGAUGACCAAAAAUGUGAACUCUGGUUUGAGCAUGGAAGAUAUAUACCCUUCUUCUACCAUUGA